CGUCUUCUUCUUCAUCUUCCCUCCGCGCGAAGAGGAAGGACCGCCAUCUCUCCGGCGCCGGCAUGGACGCCGUCCGUACGAUUCCCGACCUCUGCCGCCGCCUGAUCUCGUUCGCUCUCCGGCGAUGCCGCGCCUCCGACGACCUGUGCCGCGUCUCCGUCGCUCUCGCGGCCUCGCAGCUCGCCGGCUCUCCCGUCGUCCGGAUCUCCAUUUCGGACACCGGUGCCGCCUGUUGCUUGGAAGAGUUUCGGGACUUGAGAGUCGCGGACCCACGGAUUUUCGCCGAAAAGUGGGAUGGAACGCUUGCUGUGAGAACUACUGGUGCUUCUGAUGAGGAGGUACAUUACUAUAACUUGAAUCUAAAAGAAGGUGGCACGGAUAAUAUGCUAACUAGGCUCCCUUCAAUUGCUAAAAACGGCAUGAGAUUCAGUGGGACUGAAGUGUGUCUAUCUGUUUCUGAGAAAUUUGAAGUUCUUCUGGGUGAGAUCAAGCAAUUCAUUGAGAAGGUGCUGAUUUUGAACAUCCCGAAUAUUGCAUUUGAACUGGUGGUCCAACAUGAGAAUGUUUAUAAAUCAUGCUGUGGGGACACUUUCCUGCCAAGUGAAAGCAUGCCUUCACCAUUUUCAGCUUCAAAUGUAGAACGUUUGAAGUAUGGCUUUGAGGAUUAUAUUUUAAAGCGCCGCAACAAUCUAGAUAACAACCUCGGUCUAUCUUCAAAUGCCAUGGAGCAUUUGAGGACUGGAAUGGGAAGUAUAUGCAGCUCAAAAAUUUCUGAAAGACAAAAUCCGGGAUUAACAGUAGAUGCAGUAAUCAUCAUAAGCGAGUUUUCUGAUCAAACAAGUCCUUGUUCGAUGGAGUGUGGUCACCAGACACAGGUUUUGUAUUUCAAGGAUUUCUUACCUUCCACAAUUUCCAAGUCAUCUCUUAUUGCAUUAAAGAGCAUUGACUGGAAAAGUUAUGGCUUGACACUAGGCAAUGUCAUGGAUCAAGGAGGUGGUGCCUAUCUAGAAUGGGAAAACCUGCCACCACAUGCUCAUAUUGAUGUUAUCUUCCAUUGCUAUCAAGCAGAGGUUAACUUCCCUCCUUCGAAGCUAAAGGUCUUGUCUGAAAGAUCUCUUCUGAAGAAAGCAGCCAAACUAGCAUUGGAUGACAUGAAGGAGAAACAUUCGGGAAUUCUUCUAAGUGAUCGUGCCCUGAAGAUACAAAGUCAUGCCCCUGAUCUUGCAAGAACACUUGCUGGUCUUAUUUUGUCCUCCAAUGACAUGGAAUUCCAAGGAGAAUGUCUCUCUCUUCUUGGUUUGCAGAUGGGAGUUGGGGCGGAUAUAGUUGAAGAAUGUGUCCUGGACAAGAUUGAUGCGGUCAUAGUGCUGAAUGACAGGAAACCUGAGAGAUGCAAAGAGCCUGUUCCUUUUCUUUUCGAAGAUGAUUGUCUUCAGGAAAUGGACUUCGAAGAUGAAUGUGAAGAAGGUGAGGACUCUUAUGACUUUUUAGAUAUAUAAUACCAAGAAUAUCACACUCCAUAUAUUGGGGCCAAAUGGGUGGACUCCUAGCUGGGUUUUACCUCUUGAUGAUGACCACACAGGCUAUGAUGCAUACAUGCCAAUUUAUUUGGAGGCAAACACUUGCUCAUUAGUUAAAUAUGACCUCGUCUCGGCUGAAGCAGCAGCGCCCAUUUCUGGAUAAUGAAAGUUGUUAUGCUUUCGGAAAUUUUAUGGAGCUUCCUAUAUAGUCUGAAAUUUUUGGUAGACUAUUGAGGGAGAAGAUUCGGUUUUUCUCAUUUUGAUAACUAGUAACAAGGUCAAAUGAAGUUUUUCCCACCUAGUACCUAAGAUUCAGCUCCUUCCAUGUUCGUUUAUAGAGCUUCCUGUAUAGUCUGAAAUUUUAGGUAGACUAUUUGAAGGAGAAGAUUUGUCUUUUCCCAUUUUAUAAUUAGUAACUAGCUGCCAUCCUGGUUCAGCCCAAAAUAGAGGCUGGAAGUAGAGAAGAUAUGAGCCUAUAAAUUCUAAUCAUAGAGGGACCAUUUAUAUA